AUGAUGAAGAGGAGGGAACGGAAGGAUUCGGGGGGCAGGUCACUUCUGGACUGGUCUCAAACACGCCUGCCCCGCGCCGCCUCAAGCAUUCUUCCUAGGGAAAAGCAGAAGCUGGCAUGCCCCGGGCUCACCUCUGCCCUCCCUACAGGACACGAGAGCUACGUGACCUUCUGCCAGCUGGAGAACGAGGCUGCCUUCACGUGCAGCGCCGACCGCACCAUCAGGAAGUGGGACGUGCUGACCGGGCAGUGCCUGCAGGUGUUCCGAGGACACACAUCCAUUGUGAACAGGAUCCUGGUCACCAACAACCAGCUCUUCAGCAGCUCCUAUGACCGGACAGCUCGCGCCUGGAGUGUGGACAAGGGGCAGGUGUCCCGGGAGUUCCGGGGCCACCGCAACUGCGUGCUGACUCUCGCCUACUCCGCCCCCUGGGAUCUGCCCGGGGCUCCCUUCGAGGAGGAGGCUGUGUCCGGGGGGCUGCUGGUAACAGGCAGCACGGAUGGCACGGCCAAGGUGUGGCAGGUGGCUAGUGGCUGCUGCCACCAGACCCUACGGGGCCACACGGGUGCCGUGCUGUGCCUUGUGCUGGACACGCCCAGCCACACAGCCUUCACGGGCAGCACGGACACCACCAUCCGCGCCUGGGACAUCCUGAGUGGGGAGCAGCUGCGGGUGUUCCGGGAGCACCAGGGCUCUGUCAUCUGUCUGGAGCUCGUGAACCAGCAUGUGUACUCGGGCAGCGCCGACAGGACCGUCAAGUGCUGGCUGGCGGACACGGGGGAGUGUGUGCGCACGUUCCCAGCCCACAGACACAGCGUGAGCGCCCUCAAGUACCAUGCGGGCACCUUGUUCACGGGCAGCGGGGACGCCCGCGCGCGCGCCUUUGACGCCGAGUCCGGGGGGCUCCAGAGGGUGUUCCGCGGCCACGCCUUCAUCAUCAACUGCAUCCAGGUAGGCGCCCCCGCCCGCAUCCCCGGGUGGGUGAAAUGUGGGGCUGUGGCUGUGGAAGAGCCAGGGAGCAAGGAACCAGCUCUUUAG